AUGAAGCUGUCUCCGAGGUCCUUCGUGUGUCGGCAAUGCCGUCUACAGCCCUCAAAGACGCGCUUCUUUCAUGCCUUUGCGCGUCUCUCCAACUCAGCUCCGAGCUCGUCAGAACCCAUCCCAACCCGGCCGACAAUAGCUCCCAGGCCGAACAUCGACAUCAAGCACAUCCGACAAAACCCCUUCCUGCAUGAGCAGAACUGCCUGGACCGCAACUACAAGCUCCAGAGCACCUAUCCAGACCGAAUCAACGAGCUGCAUCAGCAAUGGCAGGAGCACCAGAAAGAAGGGCGGCACCUGCGCGAGCGCAACAACCUGCUGCGCAAGCAGAUCGCCAACUCGGCCACUACACAGGGCGAUGAAGAUCCUGCCGCCCUAGAUAUCAGGAAUAUGAGCAGAGAGCAGCUACUGGACGAGGCAAAGAUGCUGAAAGAGAAGCUUUCCACCAUCGAGCAGAGCGAAGACCGCCUAACUGCCGAGAUCGACCACCUCGCACUACAGAUACCCAACCUGACGAGCGAGCAGACGCCCCGCGGCGACGAGGCCCAAGUCUUGUCGUACAUUAACGACCACCCGGAGCCUCGUCCCGCUGAGUCGGAUCGCGUGUGGCGGUCACAUGUGCACAUCGGGUCCGAGCUGGGGCUGCUGGAUUUUGCCGGCGCAGCCACGUCGUCCGGCUGGGGGUGGUAUUAUCUGCUGGAUGAGGGCGCACAGCUGGAGCAGGCUCUGAUUAAUUUUGCCCUGAACGUGGUGACCAAGCAUGGAUGGCGGCAGGUCACGCCGCCCAGUAUCGUCUACGGUCACAUUGCCGCAGCCUGCGGGUUCCAGCCGCGCGACCAGAAUGGGGAGACACAGAUCUAUUCUCUAGCGCAGUCGGCAGCGGACCGAGACCGCGGCAAGCCCGAGCUCGUGCUCGCAGGGACAGCCGAGAUCCCGCUCGCGGGCAUGAAGGCAGACACCGUCAUUGACGAGAGCGAACUGCCCCUGAAACGGGUAGGCGUUUCCAGGUGCUACAGAGCCGAAGCUGGCGCCCGCGGCGUCGAUACCAAGGGCCUGUACAGAGUACACGAGUUCAACAAGGUCGAGAUGUUCGCGUGGUCCGAGCCGAACCUCUCGUCCGCAACCGAGAUCUUCGACGAGAUGGUCGACAUCCAGACCGAUAUCCUCCAUACGCUCGGGCUGCACUGUCGCAUCCUCGAGAUGCCAUCCACGGACCUUGGCGCCUCGGCCGUGAGGAAGAACGACAUCGAGGCCUUCUUCCCGUCACGAAGGCAGAAGAAUGACGGCUGGGGUGAGGUGACCAGCGCCAGCAUCUGCACCGACUACCAGACCCGGAGGCUGGCGACGAGGUUCAAGUCCAACGGAAAGAUGCUCUACCCAUGGACCGUGAACGGCACGGCGCUGGCCGUGCCCCGGGUGCUCGCUGCCGUGCUCGAGAACGGUUGGGACGAGAACGAGAUGCGUGUCAAGCUGCCGGAAUGCCUGUGGGAAUCCAUGGGCAAGGAGUAUAUCGGCCUCAAGCACCAGCUGAAGAAGCUGUACUGA